GUUGGUGGAGCCCCCGCGGGAAACGACUCAGCGCGAGGAGCGUGCGCGCUCCCGUCGCGACGACGGUGGCGGCGAGCGGCGUCACAGCUUAGAGGGGGGGGUUGACGGCUUCUGGCGGGUGGCGGUGUUGGAGGCGAGAGCUUGCUUAGCCCGUGUCGCUUCUGUUCCCGGAACCGGACGGAGAGUGAGGGCACGAGGGUCGCUUUCGGGAGCUGCUGUCUUCCACGUACACGUCGUCGUGAGGAGCGCAGCCCGGACUCUCCCGGGACCCCUCCGGCUCUCCUUCCGCACGCCUCGAGGCGGCGGCGGCCACCGAGACAGCAUCGCACCUCCCCCCACCCCUUCCCCUCAUCCCCCCGCCCGAAAGGGCCCUGUCUGCGCCCCACCCCCGCCCGUCCGUCCGCUACGCCGCCGCCAUGUCGGCGCAGGCCCAGAUGCGCGCGAUGCUGGACCAGUUGAUGGGCACCUCCAGGGACGGGCCCUGGUGGUGGCAACCGCCUGUGUGCCACUGAAAAUCGUGCCGAUGCCUGGCAUACUGCAUAAAUGGAAGCAGGGUACCGCGUUCAAUGUAUCUAUGCCUGCCUACUUCAGUCUGCAAGGGAGUGUCAGAAAGGCCCCGCAAUCGCCGAGCCGAGAUACUACUCGUCAACGAAUCAAAUUCAGUGAUGACAGAGUAUGCAAGAGUCACCUUCUCAACUGUUGCCCCCAUGAUGUCCUUUCUGGCACCAGAAUGGAUCUUGGAGAAUGUCUGAAAGUCCAUGACCUGGCUUUAAGAGCAGAUUAUGAAAUUGCAUCCAAAGAACAGGACUUUUUCUUUGAACUUGAUGCCAUGGAUCAUCUGCAAUCAUUCAUUGCAGAUUGUGAUCGUAGAACAGAAGUGGCUAAGAAGAGAUUAGCAGAAACUCAAGAAGAGAUUAGUGCUGAAGUGGCGGCAAAGGCAGAGCGUGUUCAUGAAUUAAAUGAAGAAAUUGGUAAAUUGUUAGCCAAGGUGGAACAACUAGGAGCUGAAGGGAAUGUGGAAGAAUCCCAGAAAGUAAUGGAUGAAGUAGAAAAAGCACGGGCAAAGAAAAGAGAAGCAGAGGAAGUUUAUCGGAAUUCUAUGCCAGCUUCCAGUUUCCAACAGCAGAAACUUCGAGUCUGUGAGGUCUGCUCUGCCUAUUUAGGUCUUCAUGAUAAUGACAGACGACUGGCUGAUCAUUUUGGGGGUAAACUGCACCUGGGAUUUAUUGAAAUAAGAGAGAAGCUUGAAGAAUUAAAGAGAGUUGUAGCUGAGAAACAAGAGAAAAGAAACCAGGAGCGCCUGAAACGAAGAGAAGAAAGGGAGAGGGAAGAAAGGGAGAAGCUGAGGAGGUCCCGAUCACAUAGCAAGAAUCCUAAAAGAUCCAGGUCCAGAGAACAUCGCAGACACCGGUCUCGCUCCAUGUCGAGAGAACGCAAGAGGAGGACUCGGUCCAAGUCCCGGGAGAAACGCCAUCGCCACAGAUCCCGCUCCAGCAGCCGCAGCCGGAGCCGUAGUCACCAGAGAAGUCGUCACAGUUCUAGAGAUAGGAGCAGAGAGCGAUCCAAGAGGAGAUCCUCAAAAGAAAGAUUCAGAGACCAAGACUUAGCAUCACGUGACAGAGACAGGAGUUCAAGAGACAGAUCACCUCGUGACCGAGAUCGAAAAGAUAAGAAGCGGUCCUAUGAGAGUGCUAAUGGCAGAUCAGAAGACAGGAGGAGCUCUGAAGAGCGCGAAGCAGGGGAGAUCUAAUUAGCUGUGUACAUAACUUCAACCCUUAAGCUUCCUAUGGAGUCACACACUAUUGUUUAGUUUACAGCUGUUCAGGGCGACAGUGAGCAGUUCCAGACAUUGAUCCAGCCAGGCUAGAUGUACAGCAUCUAACUUGAUCUGAACUGAACCUGUUUUCCUUGAGGAAGCCUAAAACUACAUCCAUAGUUUCUGGUGAACCUGUAAUACAGUUCUGAGAGUGCAGUUUUAUAUAAUAAGACAUUGAUCUCUUUAUUCUUUCAAGUAGGAGUGAUAGUGAAUGAAUUGUGUUACUUGCCUUGGGAGUUUUUGAACAUUUGUAAGACGCUGUCUUCCUUUCUACUGCAAGCAGCAGCUUUGGGAAUUUUUCUUUUUAAUUCUUCUUUCUCUGACUUUUGUAUCCCCUAAUACCUGCACCCUCCAACUGUAAGAGAAAGGGUCAGGGAAGCAAUAUAACUUCUGUUCUAAGGUUCUCCUCCCAUUAUUAAUUACUAGCUAAUUACAGUUCAGAGCAUUUAUACUGGAAUGUGUGCUGGAGAAAUUUAAAAUACGGGGGUUUGUUGGAUGGUGCCUAUUUAGAGUUGGAAGUUGAACAGCUGUUGCAUUACAUACUUUUGCUUUUUUAUUGAAAUUUUGAAAUCAGACUUGUCUUGAUUUUUCUGUUCCAUCAAAUUGCUAUGUUCAGGAUGUUCUGAGGGGGGUGGGGGCAGGGACUCUUUCAUAAUAAGCACUUGUUUUAUUUUGUGUGUGUGGAGUAUAAAGGCUACACCCUUAUUGUAAAAAAUAUUAAUAAUAAAAUGAAAGAAACAAUCAUCACCACCUUCAUUAAACUGUAACUUGUCUAGUAAAUUGUCACUAGAACUAUUUGCUGUGGGUAUUUCCUCUAUUCUGUUACAUGGUUAACAGGACCGUACUGUGCAGGGAACCAAAAGAAGUAAAUAUACAUUUGCGAAGAUUGCAGAGGAAGUGUGAACAACUCUGCUUGCGCCCCUGCUGACUGUAUUGCACUACUCAGGGCUGUAGAGAAGGACUGGACCUGCAGGCACAAUGGGGGAGUUCUUGUUUUCUUGUUUUUCUUAUUCAAUAAACCUGAAUAAAACCA